AUGUGCCAUAAAAGUUGCGCCAAAAUGAUGCUAGCGGUGAUGGUGACUUUCUGUGUCCUGCAAAUGCUGGAAUGUGGCGUCGUAGAUCGGCAACCCCGUGCUUACAAACAGUACAACACCGAACCACAGAAGAGACCGUUCUGCAACGCGUUCACCGGCUGCGGCAAGAAGCGCUCGUCCGCCUCGAGCCCACCGACGGCGGCGGCUGCAGCGGCCGCAGCGGCCAUCCUUCAGCGGCACAUGCAGAACAUGGAGGCGAACAGCAAGAAGGAGCGCGUGACCAGCGACUACGAGCCGAACGAGGAGUCGAUCAGCAGUCUGCUCGAUCUGAACACCGAGCCGGCCGUCGAGGAUCUGCUGCGGCAGAUCAUGUCCGAGGCGAAGCUCUGGGAAGCCAUCCAGGAGGCUAACCGGGAGAUCUUCCUGCAGAAGUCCGGCAUGAAGGAGCAGCGCAACGACUUCCCGCUGACCUUCAGCACGCAGUAA